GCGGAUCAUAAUGUUGAUGACAAAAUGAGAGACAUUGAUGUUGAACAAUCCCAAGGUCGCGCAGUUGUAGUUGAUGGUAUCAAAGCGGGUGAUGAAAUCAAGGGUAUUGGUAGUGAGGUAGGACAUGAAAAGAUGAUAGGGCAUAUUAGUAAAUGUGAAAUACUUACUACAAGUAAGGACGAUCUAGAGAUUUCUUGUGAAAAUUGGUUAGAAAAG